CCAAUAUCAGUCUGCAUGAUUUUCAUGUGUGGCAGUUGACGUCAAAUUUGACGAUAGCGACAGCGCACAUAAUUGUCACCGGUGAUGUUGACGAUUACAUGGCAACAUCAGAGAGUCUUAAGGAGUUCUUCCACAAACGAGGAAUUCAUUCUACUACAAUUCAGCCAGAGUUUGUGCGGGAUAGCACUGAUAGUGCUCUGAAAGAGGCUAGCUGUGUUCUUGUGUGCAAGACAGAUGCAUGCGAUAGUCAACGAUGUUGCAAGCGUAAAUCAGAAGAUUCAAGUCAAGGCCAACGGAAAGCGUCUGCGGUAGCUGCUAGUCCAAAGGCCAAUGGUAUUGCAGAUAGUGCUAAUAAAGUCUUGGAGAACAAGGUAUGAAAAGGCAGUUAGCAUGACUUGUGUUGCAUGCAAGCAUAUGAAUCGCCUGGCAUUGCACGAUUUUGAAUUUUCGAUUAAUGAAAGAUUUAAAUGUGAACUCUAUGGAUUCAAGAGGUACAGUAAUCUUUCUGUAAGAUAGGAAAGUCAUUUUAGAUUUGAUAAAAUGUUGAUUUUAGAUUUCAUAAUUUCUAUGUUCAUUCAAAAAUACUAAUUUUGUAUGUUUGUAGUAGAAUAAAUAAAUGUAAUUAGUUAUAUUAUUAGUCUUACCAGGACAGGUUCUGGAUUUUCCACCUUGGACAUUUCUGUUAAGUAGUUGUUGUUGAUCAUUUGAGGUUCUUGAGUUUUACGUCCGUAUUCUUAAAACAAACUUU